GGGUAGAGGUGCGAGGGAGGCCCCGGGCCCGGUUCCCGCCGGCCCCUCGGUCCUCCCCGGGCCGCGCCACCGAGCCCGGCCGGGGCCGCUGUCUGCGCCAGGUGAAGGCGCUGCGUGCCCCUGGGUCCGUCCUUCCCCGUGCUCGCGGGAGCGCCGCCCUCGCUGCCCUUACCCCCUGCUCCGCCCUCCGGCCGGAGGGACCCCCGGCCCCGCUGGGUGCCGGGCUGGACAUCGCUGCCCACGUGUUGUCCGGCGCUUCCCCGCCCAUGGAGUCUGAGAUGCUGCAGUCGCCUCUCCUGGGGCUCGGGGAGGAGGAUGAGUCCGACCUGACGGACUGGAACUUGCCCCUGGCCUUUAUGAAGAAAAGGCACUGCGAGAAGAUCGAAGGCUCCAAGUCUUUGGCUCAGAGCUGGAGGAUGAAAGACCGGAUGAAGACUGUAAGUGUUGCCUUAGUUUUGUGCCUCAACGUGGGCGUGGACCCCCCAGAUGUGGUGAAAACGACCCCCUGUGCCCGCCUGGAGUGCUGGAUCGAUCCUCUGUCCAUGGGGCCUCAGAAAGCUCUGGAGACCAUCGGGGCCAACCUGCAGAAGCAGUAUGAGAACUGGCAGCCCAGGGCCAGGUACAAGCAGAGCCUGGACCCCACGGUGGACGAGGUGAAGAAGCUGUGCACGUCCCUGCGCCGCAACGCCAAGGAGGAGCGGGUGCUGUUCCACUACAACGGGCACGGCGUGCCCCGGCCCACGGUCAAUGGGGAGAUCUGGGUCUUCAACAAGAACUACACCCAGUACAUCCCCCUGUCCAUCUACGACCUGCAGACCUGGAUGGGGAGCCCUUCCAUCUUCGUCUACGACUGCUCCAACGCCGGCCUCAUCGUCAAGUCCUUCAAGCAGUUUGCACUACAGAGAGAGCAGGAGCUGGAGGUAGCUGCCAUCAACCCCAACCACCCCCUUGCCCAGAUGCCUCUUCCCCCCUCCAUGAAGAACUGCAUCCAGCUGGCAGCCUGUGAGGCCAACGAGCUGCUGCCCAUGAUCCCAGACCUGCCUGCAGACCUGUUCACCUCCUGCCUCACCACCCCCAUCAAGAUCGCUCUGCGCUGGUUCUGCAUGCAGAAGAGUGUCAGGCUGGUGCCAGGAGUCACGCUGGAUUUAAUAGAGAAGAUUCCUGGGAGGCUGAAUGACAGGAGAACUCCCCUGGGAGAGCUGAACUGGAUCUUCACAGCCAUCACAGACACCAUUGCCUGGAACGUCCUGCCCAGAGAUCUUUUCCAGAAGCUCUUCAGGCAGGACCUGCUGGUGGCCAGUUUGUUCCGGAACUUUCUGCUGGCAGAGAGGAUCAUGAGGUCCUACAACUGCACCCCCGUGAGCAGCCCCCGGCUGCCCCCCACCUACAUGCACGCCAUGUGGCAAGCCUGGGACCUUGCUGUUGACAUUUGCCUUUCCCAGCUUCCCACCAUUAUUGAGGAAGGAACUGCCUUCAGGCACAGCCCCUUCUUCGCCGAGCAGCUCACGGCCUUCCAGGUGUGGCUGACCAUGGGUGUGGAGAACAGAAACCCCCCGGAGCAGCUGCCCAUCGUGCUGCAGGUGCUGCUGAGCCAGGUACAUCGGCUGCGAGCUCUGGACCUGCUGGGGAGGUUCCUGGACCUGGGGCCCUGGGCUGUGAGUCUGGCCCUCUCUGUUGGCAUUUUCCCCUAUGUGCUGAAGCUCCUCCAGAGCUCGGCCCGUGAGCUGAGACCUCUCCUUGUGUUCAUCUGGGCCAAGAUCCUGGCAGUGGACAGUUCGUGCCAGGCUGACCUGGUGAAGGACAAUGGACACAAGUAUUUCCUCUCAGUCCUGGCAGAUCCUUACAUGCCAGCUGAGCACAGGACCAUGACAGCCUUCAUCCUGGCUGUGAUUGUCAACAACUACAACACUGGGCAGGAAGCCUGCCUGCAGGGGAACCUGAUAGCGAUCUGCCUGGAGCAGCUGAACGAUCCCCACCCUCUCCUCAGGCAGUGGGUGGCCAUUUGUCUGGGGAGGAUCUGGCAGAACUUCGACUCAGCCCGGUGGUGUGGGGUGAGAGACAGCGCCCAUGAGAAGCUCUACAGCCUCCUCUCAGAUCCCAUCCCAGAGGUUCGCUGUGCUGCAGUCUUUGCUCUGGGCACCUUUGUGGGCAACUCAGCAGAGCGCACGGACCACUCGACCACCAUCGACCACAACGUGGCCAUGAUGCUGGCCCAGCUCAUCAACGAUGGCAGCCCCAUGGUCCGAAAGGAGCUGGUGGUGGCCCUGAGUCACCUGGUGGUUCAGUACGAGAGCAAUUUCUGCACUGUGGCCUUGCAGUUCAUAGAAGAGGAGAAGAAUUACCCCCUCCCUUCUCCAGCUGCUCCAGAGGGAGGGAGCCUGACCCCGGUGCGGGACGGGCCCUGCACGCCACGGCUGCGCUCCGUCAGCUCCUACGGCAACAUCCGUGCUGUCACCACGGCCAGGAACCUCAACAAGUCCCUGCAGAACCUCAGCCUCAACGAGGAGUCUGGCAGCUCCGUGGCGUUUUCCCCUGGGAACCUGAGCACGAGCAGCAGUGCCAGCAGCACUCUGGGCAGCCCUGAGAACGAGGAGUACAUCCUGUCCUUCGAGACCAUCGACAAGAUGAGAAGAGUCAGCUCCUACUCCUCACUCAACUCCCUCAUAGGUGUGAGUUUCAACAGUGUUUAUACCCAAAUUUGGAGAGUGCUCCUUCACCUGGCUGCUGACCCCUAUCCUGACGUGUCUGACCUGGCCAUGAAGGUUCUCAACAGCAUUGCUUACAAGGCCACGGUGAACGCUCGCCCCCAGCGCAUCCUGGACACCUCCUCCCUGACCCAGUCGGCCCCUGCCAGCCCCACCAACAAGGGCAUGCACAUCCACCAAGUGGGGGGGUCACCUCCCACCACCAGCACGAGCAGCUCCAGCCUGACCAACGAGGUGCCCAAGCAGCCCGUGAGCCGGGACCUGGCGUCCGUGCGCCCCAGCGUCACCAACGUGGGUGUCCAGUACACCCCCCACUCCCACCAGUUCCCCAGGACCAGGAAAAUGUUUGACAAAGGCCCAGAGCAGACAGCCGAUGAUGCUGAUGAUGCCGUGGGACACAAGAGCUUCAUCUCGGCCACGGUGCAGACCGGGUUCUGUGACUGGAGCGCCAAGUACUUCGCCCAGCCCGUCAUGAAGAUCCCUGAGGAGCACGACCUGGAGAGCCAGAUCCGCAAGGAGCGCGAGUGGCGCUUCCUGCGCAACGCCCGCGUCAGGAAACAGGCGCAGAAAAUCAUCCAGAAGGGCAUCUCCAGGCUGGAUGAUCAGAUCUUCCUGAACAGGAACCCAGGGGUGCCCUCCGUGGUGAAAUUCCACCCCUUCACCCCCUGCAUCGCCGUGGCUGAUAAGGACAGCAUCUGUUUUUGGGACUGGGAGAAAGGGGAGAAGCUGGAUUACUUCCACAAUGGGAACCCUCGGUACACGCGGAUCACGGCCAUGGAGUACCUGAACGGCCAGGACUGCUCCCUGCUGCUCACUGCCACAGACGAUGGUGCCAUCAGAGUGUGGAAGAACUUUGCAGACCUGGAGAAGAACCCAGAGAUGGUGACAGCCUGGCAGGGGCUGUCAGACAUGCUGCCAACCACACGAGGAGCAGGGAUGGUGGUGGACUGGGAACAAGAAACUGGGCUCCUGAUGACCUCGGGAGACGUGAGGAUAAUCCGGAUCUGGGACACGGAUCGGGAGAUGAAAGUACAGGACAUUCCCACGGGAGCUGACAGCUGUGUCACCAGCCUGUCCUGUGACUCGCACCGCUCGCUGAUCGUGGCGGGGCUGGGGGACGGCUCCAUCCGUGUGUUCGACAGGAGGAUGGCCCUCAGCGAAUGCCGAGUCAUGACCUACCGGGAGCACACGGCCUGGGUGGUGAAGGCUUACCUGCAGAAACACCCCGAGGGCAACAUCAUGAGCGUCAGUGUCAAUGGUGACGUUCGCUUCUUCGACCCCCGCAUGCCCGAGUCCAUGAAGGUGCUGCAGAUCGUCAAGGGGCUCACGGCCCUCGACAUCCACCCCCAGGCCAACCUGUUUGCAUGUGGCUCCAUGAACCAGUUCACUGCCAUCUACAACGGCAACGGGGAGCUGAUCAACAACAUCAAAUACUACGAUGGCUUCAUGGGACAGAGAGUGGGAGCCAUCAGCUGCCUGGCCUUCCAUCCUCACUGGCCCCACCUGGCCGUCGGCAGCAAUGAUUUCUACAUCUCGGUGUACUCGGUGGAGAAGAGGAUCAGAUGACGGCGCGGCCGGAGCGGCUCCAGGGCAGGGCCUCCCUGUACAUAGAGAAAUCAUCGACUUGAAUGUUUCGUGUUGGCUGCUGCUGCUGCACCCCAUAACUUGAACGUUUGUUCUUCUGACUUAGCUACUGAUGGGUUUGACGAGGGGAAGAGACAAUCUCCUGGGUUUUGUUUUGUUUUCCAGCUAUAUCCUCUAAAAGCUACACAAAAGGAACGUUUAUUUUUGUUUCCAGUGGUUGACUUCUCUGUCAGAAACACGGCUCCUGAGCUUGGAAGGACUUGGAUGAGGCAAAGCCCUUGAGAAGGGUCUUGUUUUAGUCUUUGUUCCUUGUUUUGCUGAAGUGUGGGUUCUUCAAGGACUGUGAGGACUCACCUAAGGCUCCACGGGACCCUCCAGCUGCUGCCAACCCUGUGCCAAACCCAACUCCCGGGACAGGGCAGCACAGGAUGUACCUGCCAGGGAGGCAGGGCAGCGUCUCCUCUGCAUGAGCCUCCCCCUCCCUCCCUGCAGCACCCUCUCCACUGGAAGCAAGGACAGCCCUGGUGGGGACCUGGUGGCCUGAGCAGGCAGGGAUCCUGCAGGAGGGAGCUCAGGGAGAUGACAAGAGCAGGGCAGGAUGUCCCACACCACAAAGCUGUGUGAGGACGACGAGGGAAGAAAGGGAAUGAAGAUCUCCAACAUCCCAGCGAGCCUGGAGCAAGUCACUGGUGUCACCAUGUCCCACCCAAGGCCUGGAGGGGAGCUGGGGGAAGCUGAGACCCUGCCCCUCCUGCUGCCACUGUCCCUGUGCCACAGGGAGCCCAUCCUGGGCUCUGUGUGCUCCCCAUGGAGCUGUGCACCGAGCUGAGGUCAGGAUUUGGGCACUUGGAGCUGCACACCACAGCUGUGGCUCACCUGCCCCUUUGGAACCAGGCAUGGGAGCACCUGGCAUGGAGAAUUGCUGAGGAGGAAGAGGAAGGCUGCCAGUCAGUGCUCUGAGCCAAGCACCCUCGUCCCAGCUGCUCCAUCUUCCCACCUUGCGCGUGUGAAUGUUUUGUCCCAUGGGAUGGGUUCUGGGGCUGGAGCUGGGUGUGGAAGGGAGAGCACAGCUGUAGGACAGGUUUCCUUCCAGAGGUGCAGAACAUGCUGUGGGGCCUGGAAUUCCCAGUUGGGAUCCCAGCCAGUCCCAAUUGGGAUCUGCAGGCUCCCAGCCAAGUGCAGCUGUGCUGUGGUGUGGGGAAUGCAGCAAGGGAAGGGUCGGGGCCCCCUGUCCCUGUGCUGACCCCUCUGCCCCGUGCCCACCCUGCUGCUGCUGGCCCUGGCACCGUGUCCUUGUGUGCUCAGGCACCUCGAGGUGCUACAGGCUCUGUCGGGGGCUGUGGCUUGGGACAGGUCCCCAAACCAUGUCAGGUGCCCCCAAGCCCCCCAUCCCCUGUCAGGGGGAGGCCGAGGGCCACGUCCCAGGAUAAUGAAUCAAAGGCUUUAAACUUCAAAACUACCUAAAAACCCCACUUGUGAGUUACCCAAAGUGAAUUAUGGUCUAACAGAGCUGUGCCUCUUCCCAGGCUGCCCACGGGGGUGGAGCCAGAGUUUGGGGUCUCACCUAACCAGUUAACAUUCACAGCUUCAAAAACAAUAGAUUUUUAACUCGUAUCAAUGUAUUUGUGAAAGGAACAGGACAUUCCUGGCGUGGUGGGAGCUGCUGCUCCUGCUCCAGUGCAGCCCCGCAUCCAGGACGGGGAAUUUUAAGGAAUUGGGGCUGUUGGGAUUUUACCCCAGCAUGUGUGGGCUGUGCUUCCACAGGUCUGAUGCAGAGAUUCAAUCAUGGGAUCACAGAGUUUAACCAAGGAUCUGGAGAGCAUCCUACCUUAAAAGUUCACUUAUCUCUAUUUAUUUUACAAAAAUAAAAUUUAAAAAAUAUAUAUAAAACCCCCCACACGAUUGUAAUGUGAGAGUAAAAUGAUUACAGACAAAUAAA